AUGUCUUGUCGUGCCUGUCACAGCCGCUGCAACCGACUGGUGAAGAGGCCGAAGUGGUAUCCUACACGGCUGCUCGACAUUGGUGUUUCAGGAGACUCUACAUGGGCGCUUCGUACCUGCUCCAAAGAGCCUCCUUCGUCUCCAAAUUAUAUGACCUUGAGCUACCGGUGGGGCUCUGUGCCAUGCCUCAAGCUUCUUCGAUCCAACAUAGAAGAGCUCAGCACUGGAAAACCCAUCCGUGAUCUUCCUUUGACCUUUAGAGAUUCAAUAGCUGUUGCCCGCCGAUUCUCAAUAAGAUACCUGUGGAUUGACCGAUUGUGUAUUCUGCAGGACUCCCAAGAAGACUGGCUCAAAGAAUCAUCUGCGAUGCGAGAUGUAUAUGCGAACUCGUCUUGCAACAUUGCUGCCGCCGUUUCUUCUGAUCCUCAUGGCGGACUCUUCCGCUUUCGCUACCCUGCAGAUAUUCAACCAGGAGUGGUGCAGUUAAAGUUCAGUAAUCUCUCCCAGGAGAACUUUUUUAUCUUCGACGAACUGUACUGGGAUCGUCAGGUAUCAGACACGGUCCUCCAUAGCCGUGGCUGGGUUUUCCAAGAAUGCCUUCUGGCACCGAGGGUACUGCAUUUCACCGAGAAGCAAAUCUUCUGGGAAUGUUUUAACGACCGAAAAUGUGAAGGGUUCCCCUCAGAGUUGCGGUUCGGUCGUCGCCUCAAAGAUUUUGAGCCGCUAUUUGGCGCAACAGCUCCCAGAAAUGUACAGGAUAGACUACUGUCUGAAUUCGCAUACGAUUUGUGGAUUGACUUCAUUAAUGCAUACUCCAAGUGUGCUCUGACUAGAUCCACUGAUAGGCUAGUUGCUCUUUCCGGCCUAGCAAAGCUGUAUCAAGAAGCUACAGGUGAUGAAUAUGUCGCCGGCAUGUGGAGAUCUCGACUUCCCUGGUUCUUGGCGUGGUACGUUCGAAAGCCAAUUCCCAAAUCAUCGUCAGAGUAUUGUGCACCAUCUUGGUCAUGGGCUUCUGUCGGUGGCCCGGUACUGAUGCCCAGAAUAACUCCGUCUGCAAUUCCGUUGAUCGAUGUGUUCGAUGUACAAAUCACACCGUCCACAGGUGACCAUACUGGCCAGCUCUCGGGUGGCUUCGUUGUGGUCAAAGGGUGUAUCGUCCAUAGUGCAUACCCUGGAGUACUAGGACCUAGAUGGAUGAAGAUAGGAGAUGACCACAUGAGAUUAUACGUUAAAGAGGAUACACGCAACUCUAAUAGCGAGCAGAGCACACAAAUCUAUUUUCUCGCUCUGAUAUGUGGACCAAAAUCGCCCGACACAUCAUCCAUUCUGACAGGCCUAGUCCUACAGCCACUAGCCAGAUCCUCUGACGAGUAUACACGCAUCGGACUAUUCACUGUGUUAGAUCCGGCUGAACUGAAAUAUUUCGGCGUUCGCCUCCGCGGGAGGAAGGUCAUGCUGACGCCAGAACGAGAAGAUCUAUUAUCCGUCAUCAAAAUCUUCUGA